UCUCAGACGUGCAGAGUUCUGUUGGUUUUUACUCUCAGAUCAGAUCAGUUGAUAUUUCUUUCUUCUAAUAAACUGUGGUUUUGUUUCCUCGCUGCAGAUCCAUCAACAAAGACAAGAGUCCCCACUGAAGACUCCAGUCAUUCAGGGCAGCACCUUGAUCAGGAUCCUUAACUUCCUUUACAUGAGCAGUGAGGUCGGCUGCUGAAGUGUGUGUGUGUUGUUGUGCAUCUGUUCUGUGAGAAUCAGUUUGAGUUUUAGACCAGGAUUGUGUUAAGACCUGGUUCUUCAAGUUCAGGUUCAGAUCAGGGUUGUGGUUCAGCUGAUGAAGCUGGUUCUGGUUUCACAGUCUGUCCCUGACCUUCACCAGGUGUUUAAUACUGUCCUCAGGAUGGGUUUUACAUGUAAAAUAACAGCCUGUCUGAACCGGAGGACUGUGUCAAACAUUUUCACUGCCCUGAAGCAUCAAUCUGACCUUCAUACCUGCUCCAGGUGUACAGAGGUGAGACAGGAAGCAGGAAGUGAACUAAAGCUCUUUAUUUAUUCUUUAAAUGUGCAAUCUGUCAUUUUCUGCUGCUAAAUCUAAACAGUAAGAGAAAACUGAGUUCAGUGAAGUUGUGAUGUACUGUGGGAUCAUGGGAGUUGUUGUCUUCUCCUCCACUGCUGUCACUGCAGUCUGCUUCUCCUGGUUCUCAGGAGGUUUUUACUGGGGGCCAGAUUCUCCACAGAGGUCUCCACAACAAACACACCAGAUGAUUAAAACCAGUAAAACACUGAAUCAAACAGUUUCCUAACUUUUCUCUCUGAAGAAAGAAGUUUAAAGUCCAGACGUCUGAUGACUAAAGUCCUUCAUCAGGUUAAAAUCUAUAGUGAAGAACAAAAGAAAACAGAUUUCUGUAGGUUUGAAAAUUCCUGGAAACAUUUGGGAUUGUGUCAGUACACAACUCAACAAAACAUAUAACGGAGUUCAAGUUGGUUUUACACAUUUUAAAGUGGAAAAGUCACUUUUAUACCUUUAAACAUGUCCCCAUGUGAACCAUGCACCUUUCACAAUAAAAGCAGGACCACAUGUAAAUGAUAGAAUUACCCAUUACAUAGACACGGAGUGGAGUUCACACAGUGACAGCAGCAGAGAGUCAGGGACCUUUAAUGCAGGAUGAUACAACAAAUAAUGAAAGAAACAAGCGGCAGAAUUCAAAGGGACCUGACUGAACCAGGACGAGGCCUCUGAUAAAGAGAGUUUUCAGAACCAACUUGAAAGAUUCAACUGAUUUUUCCUGCUGAGUUUUAAAGUGUUGAAAUCUCAGGAGCUGAGACCAAAACAGUCUGAUCACACUGUUUGAUCAGGAGAAAUAAGUGUCUUAUAAAUGCAUCAGUCUCAGAUCUGAUCAAACUGCUUGUAGCUGUUGACUGAGUUGGACGUGGACGUUGACAAAAACAGACUUGAGUCAAAUCAAAUGUGCUGUUCUGCUGAACGUGAAGCUUCUGCAGCUAAAGUGAAACAUAAUGUGACUUAUUGUUUAUUUUCAUAUCUGUGUUAUUGAGCUUAUUUGGGACAAUCAUGUGUUGCUUGUUUUUCAGUUGCUGAUCCAGAGUCUGUCAGGUACAGUUAGAGUCCAAACUGUUUCCUGUUGUUGACUGUUAGAUGUGAAUUAUGUGCUGGCUGAUGAUGCAGCUGCAGGGUGUCAUGUGACUUCAUUUCUAUCCAACAGUUUGAAUAAAAGCUGAAAACUAUCAAACUGGAUGUUGAGACUGUUCUGGAUCUUUCUGUCUGUUCACACUUUGAAGAAACUGAAUGAGAUCUAUUUUCUGGGCUGUUGUGUUCGCCCUCUGCAACAUGGGCGCCCAGGAAAGUGCGACAGUUCCUCUCGUGCCUCCUGUAAUCUGGGACCAUCUCUGUGGUUUUACUGCUGCUCAGACACUCUGCACGCUGACUCAUCACCAGCUGUUAUCAGUCCAACCACAGGGGUCUCAUCUGCAAGUUUGAUGGAGGUGUUGGUGGAGUGGGUCGAGCCCUGAGGAGAGCCAGAGCUGAGGUGAGAGGAGCUGCUGCAGCUUCGUCCUCUUCAGAUGCUGAAGUGCUGCUUUUCCAAAACAAACAUGGAGCUUCUUCCUCUCGUGUGUCUCUGUCUCCUGACUUGGUCUGGAACAACGUUUGCUGAUGGAAACGACCCAGGCGUCAUCAGAGUGGUCGUAUUUGAAGAUGAUGAUGCUGUUUUACCUUGUUCCUUUGGCUCUGUGAACAUUGAACAUCAGGUCUUUGACUGGAAGAAGGAUGGUCAGGAUGUGUUCAUGUAUAACAGUGGCCGUACUUACGGUGACGGCAUGUCAGGUCAACAUGAGCAGUUCAAAGGACGGGUCGAACAUUUUCCAGAUCUUCUGAAGUCUGGUAACGCCUCCAUAGUUAUCAGACGUACAGAGGUGACUGACAGUGGAAGCUACACCUGUGAUUCUGUGCAAAACAGAGUGUCAACAACACGAUCCCGCAUUGAGCUUAUUGUUGAUCCUGUCUUGAUAGAGGGAAGACCGCUAAUACUAGCUGCAGCUCCAGAGCCAUAUGUCACAAUUCUGGAUCAAACAAAUGACCGAGCUCUGCUGCAGUGUGAGGUUCGGGGUGUUUUUCUCAAACCUGAAGUGGAGUGGCAGGACAGUUCUGGAAACAUCCUUCCUGCUGAGGAACCACAGGUCUCUGAAAGAGGAGGACGCUACUCCCUCCAAACUACUGUAACCAAGACCGACCGCUAUCGCUGUGUCGUCACACAGGAGGAAAUCAACCAUCAGGUUCAUUCUGAGACCUUUGUCUUUAUGAAUGGUGCAGCUCCAAAGCCACGCAUCAAGACCAUUAAUGAAACAAAGGACUGGGUGCUGCUGCAGUGUGAGGUUCAGGGAGCUUUUCCCAAACCUGAAGUACAGUGGCAGGACAGUUCUGGAAACAUCCUUCCUGCUGAGGAACCACAGGUCUCUGAGAGAGGAGGACGUUACGACAUCACCCUCCAAACUACUGUGACCGAGACCGACACCUAUCGCUGUGUCGCCACACAGGAGGAAAUCAACCAUCAGACUUUUGAUGAGGCCCUUGUGCGUGUCUAUGUUUCAGAGUGUAAGACUGGAUGGAUUGUUAGAACAUCUCUUGGGAUCCUUUUGAUUGUGGUUUGUGUUCUAACUGUGCUUAAAGCCAAUGGCUGCUUCAACUGUAAUAAAGAUCCACCAACAAAGACAAGAGUCCCCACUGAAGACUCCAGUCAUUCAGAGCAGCAACUUGAUCAAGCAAAGACAAUGUUUUGGACUGCGGCUCCUCUGCUUGUCUUCAUCUGUCUUCUGGUUUUUACUGGAACCACAUAUGGACAUGAACACGGGCCAGGUGUUGUCAGAGUGGUUGAGGGGGAAAACGCCAUCUUACCCUGCUCUCUGAGCACCAAGGAGAACAUCGUACAGAAGCUCUUUGACUGGAAGAAAGAUGGUCAGAAGGAGGUGUUCCUGUACGAUGCUGGCAUUCAUUACAAUAACGGCCGUCCAGGUCAGGAUGAGCAGUUUAAAGGACGGGUCUCACAUUUUCAGGAACAACUGAAGUAUGGUAACGCUUCCAUAAUAAUCAGAGACAUAAAGAUAGAAGACAGAGGAAACUACACCUGUGCUUUUCCACGUCUUAAACCAGAAGUAAAGAUUUUUUCCAACUUGUUGUUGUGGCUCAUGUUGAAUUACUGA